GGGCGGGUCUAGAGUGACUGGAGCGCAGCGACGGAGGCGCAGCGGAGAAUCACAGCAGCACAAACCCACUGCGCUCAUGGCAUCAAGGAGAAUGGAGACCAAACCAGUCAUAACCUGCCUCAAAACGCUCCUCAUCGUCUAUUCCUUCGUGUUCUGGAUCACGGGGGCAAUCCUGCUGGCGGUGGGAUUAUGGGGGAAGUUCAUUUUGGGUCCGUAUAUAUCUCUGAUUGCUGAAAACUCCACCAAUGCUCCCUAUGUGCUUAUCGGGACCGGGACCACCAUCAUCGUGUUCGGGCUGUUCGGAUGCUUCGCCACGUGCCGCGGGAGCCCAUGGAUGCUCAAACUGUAUGCCAUGUUCCUGUCUCUGGUGUUCCUGGCUGAGCUGGUCGCUGGCAUCUCGGGCUUUGUUUUCCGUCAUGAGAUCAAAGGCACCUUUCUGAGGACGUACAACGAGGCUGUUCAGAACUACAACGCCCAGGACGAGAGGAGCAUCGCGGUGGACAACGUCCAGAGGAGUUUGCGUUGUUGCGGUGUUCUGAACUACACCAGCUGGUUCUCCAGCGUUUAUUAUCCUGUGAAUGGGAUUCCUCCGAGCUGCUGCGCUAACAUCUCCGACUGCAACUCCUCAGACCUGCGAAAUGCCACCAUAGCCCCAACUAAAAUCCAUCAGCAGGGCUGCUAUGAGCUGGUGACGACUUUUAUUGAGACUAACAUGGGCAUUAUUGCUGGAGUAACGUUUGGAAUUGCAUUCUCGCAGCUGAUCGGGAUGCUGCUGGCCUGCUGUCUGUCACGAUUCAUCACUGCCAAUCAGUACGAGAUGGUGUAGCGGCGUGUGCACAGGCAUAGAAGACGUCCGCCACCUUGGAAAGGGAAAGCAACCCCAAAAUGCUAGCACACUCCAUUCUUUCUCAUCUUUUUUAUUCUCUCUCUCUUCUUUUAUCUCUCAUUCUGUCUUUCCUGCCUUCUUUUUCGUCUUUCCGUCAUUCCUUAAUCAUGCAGUUGUGCCAUGACCAAAGCCUCUCCUUUCGAAACGUCAGCGUUAGCGAGGAAAAGGAAAUGGUUUUAAGACGCACUCCUGCGCAUACGUACUUUACUCUGUACAAAAAACCUUGCAUGUGGAAACCAUCUCACACACACUAGAACUAAAGUCAACAGCGUUUCUGUAACACCGUGUCCCAACCGGACACAUAAAAGCCAAUCGAUAUUGCAAUCUUUAUCAAAUAUGUUCAGGUUAGCUUGCUGCUUUUUCUAUUUUUAGACAGAGGAAUUACUUCGUAUUUGAGGCGUGAACACAAUUCAAGUGUGAUUUUGUUAAAUAUUUAUCCCUUUUUUGAAAAGAAAAUCAAUUUAAAAGCUGUUUUUCAUAUCUAUCCGCCAUUUUGUCUGCUUGGUUUCUGUUUGUCACUUUGCACUUGAUAGCUCCGCCCACAGUAAAUUCUCAUUGGUCUAGACAUAAGUAUAUUACUAAGCAAACAUUCUGAUUGGCUAUUUCGUGGCUUUGCGCAGUAUUUUCACACACGUCUGGUUAGGACACGGUGUUACUUAACCCCUAAAAAGUGACUUCAAUGCAGAUUUGUUAGUUAAUUGCUUUUUCAGGAGGAAACUAUUAAAAAAGGAAAAAAAAAAUACAGAUGACAAGAUGUUUUUGUUGUUGUUGUUGCUGUCGUAAAAUCUUUGGCAAAGGGGUUUAUCUCAGAAAUGGCUUUUUUUUCGUCUUAUAUAAUUUGGAUUUCAUUUUUUGCUGCACAUCUCAACACUGGGUUGAAAGUGAUUCGACAUAAUCACGUACAGAGUCAAAAACGUCAAUUUUGUCUUGUCGUGAAAGCCAAAAACAAGCAAUUUUCUGCCACAUAUAGCCAUGUACAGAACUUGCAUAGAUUUAGUCUGAAGUUUUAACGUGAGCCCUAAAACGAGUGGCUUUUACGUUGUUGUAAGACAAGCAGAUAUUUCAGAGUACCGCUUAAACACUGUUUAAUGGGAGAUUUAAUGGGUGAUUCCGCAGUUUAUGGGUUGUAGUUACAGUUUUACACCAUAUCUACCUUAUGACACACUGUAUUUACUAUUAUUUUGCGGCGUUUUAAUGUAAGAAUGUAUUCAUUCCGAGCGUCUCUUUCAUGCUUUACAGCUCCGAGAAUUAUCGAUUUGCAUGAGAUGUAUGAAGGAUAACGAGAAUGAUAUUUCUAAGAAUGCUUAGAAAAAUACUAUCUAAAAAGCAAAAAUUAAAUAUAUAGCUAUAUUAACUAAACCUUUUCACUCAAAGUAAAAAAAUAAAUAAAUAAUGUCACGCUAGAGUAAUUAUGGUGGCAGAAGAACAGCUCUUAAAACAGAUUUCUAGUUAAAACGCUGAAAGAAUUUGAUUUACAGCUCUAAAUAAAGAGUAAUAAACGCAGGAUUUCUGGAGGUCUCGAUCCGAGGGAUUCGCAUGAUAAAGCGCAUUGUUGGUUCGCAGUUUUUGCAAGAAUGAACCAAGCUUCAGACCGCUCUGUUGUUUAUUUAUUGUUUAUUUAUUUACGUGUGGUAAAAAUCGCUGCAGUCUUUGGCUUUCUUUACUUUUUAUUUUGAAUCGUGAAGUACUGUCAACUGAAUUCCAUAUUUACGUGUGUCAGUGUGCGUUUCUCUUUUUUAUUUAAUUUUGUGUCGUUGUUUUGUAUUGUUUUUCUCAUUGAUUAUUAAUAUUCAUUUUAAGACGUGUCGCUGUUAUAUUAAUAUGUUAAACCAUCAUUUCUGCAGCUGCCCCUUGUGUUGAUGGGUCAUUAAGUAUUAGAGUCCAGAAUUCAUAGUCUGAACACACGUGAUGAACUACACAUCUCCAGAUAGACGAGCGGAGUAAUAACAUACUUUGUAUAAUAAAAAGACAACUUUUUAAAAUGCAUCACCAGCUAGCAUGCCAACAAAAUGUACGUUGAUAUUGUAAACAACCGUGAUCUCUAUGAAUAAAAUGGUUCUUCGUCGUUA